ACCCUCCCCUUACCAGACGUCAUCACGCAAGGCCGCGACGUGUUCAACAUGGAGGCGAAGGAGUGUGUAGCAAAACUUCUCUCUUCUCUGGAAUGACUCCAAAUUUGACGCUUGCACAUUUUAACCGUACACCUGGAUAACAUUAAGCGACGCAACACGGGGUGCAUUUAUUUAGCAGUCCUACUGGUAACGAGCGGCGCGGGAGCGGCGAAAAGCGUUUGUGACAGGUCUUGGCAUAUGCCCAGCAAACAAGCAGUGAGGCAGCAUUGAGUCUGGAGAUGGGAGCCAACACCAGCCAGCUCAGUGACCUGCCCAACAAUCCCAACCUCAAGGUUCUGGUGGGCACCGAGUCCAUAUCGGAGAAUGACCCCUUCUGGAAUCAGCUCAUCUCCUUUACCGUCAUCAGUCCCACCAGCAGUGGAGACUCCAAGUUACUGGAAGAGGCUGUGUUACCACUGGCCAAGCUCCUCAUUGAAAACAAUCCCAGAACAGGAAACCUUGGCGCUCUGGUUAGAAUCUUCCUGGGACGGACAAAGGAGCUCAAAAUCUCCACAGAAUGCCAAGAUCAGCUAUUCAUCUGGCAGGCCCACAACGCCCUCUUCAUGAUCCGCUGCCUGCUCAAGGUGUUCAUCCGCGAGAUGAGUGAGCAGGAGCUGCAUUUGCAGUUCAGUUACCAGGAGAGGGCGCCAGGCUCCUGUGGAGGAGCGAGCCAUGAGGACCUCCUUGAAGAGCUGUUAUCCAACCUUGUGCACCUGAUCGUUGAAGUACCGCUGCUUGACAUCACCUACAGCAUCCUGUUUGAAGCCGUCACCACGCUGCUGGUGUUCUUUUCCUACCAGCUCUUCUGCAAAGACAUCCUCAGAGAUGGCUUGAUCUACCGCCAUGUCAUGAAUGGACGAUGUUUGUCACUGACAAGUCGCCUGGUGAAGACGCUGCUCUAUAACUUCAUCAGGCAGGAAAAAUGUCCGCCGCCAGCAACACACAUCUUUGAGCCCAAAGCGGAGGGAGGCCUGCUCUACGGCCUGGCAUCUGGCGUGGCAAGUGGUUUAUGGAGCGUCUUCACCUUGGGCGGAGCUGGCAGCAAAGUUGGGGUGGAUCUGGAACACAACCCCUUACCAUUGUCCAAUCAGAGCCUCCUUUUACUGCUGGUCCUGGCCAACUUGACUGAUGGGCCCGACUGGCCCAACCCCUACCGCCAGGCAAUUUCUUGCUUCAGAAACACACAAGACACGUCCAUUGCCGUGGAGCAGGCACACGCGUUCCAGAUCAAUUUCAACAGCUUGUACACUGCGCUGUGCGAGCAGCAGUGCUCUGACCAGGCCACGUUGCUGCUCUACACAUUGCUCCACCAGAACGCCAACAUGAGGACCUACAUGCUGUCCAGAACAGACAUGGACAAUCUGGUGUUGCCCAUCCUGGAGAUCCUUUACCACGUGGAGGAAAGGAACUCGCACCAUGUCUACAUGGCCCUCAUCAUCCUCCUCAUCCUCACGGAAGAUGACGCCUUCAACCGCUCCGUCCACGAAGUGGUCUUGAAGAACGUCACGUGGUACUCCGAGAGGUCAUUGACCGAGAUCUCCCUCGGCAGUUUGCUCAUCCUGGUGGUGAUACGCACCAUCCAGUUCAACAUGACACGCACAAGGGAUAAAUACCUCCACACCAACUGUCUGGCUGCGCUUGCCAACAUGUCCGCCCAGUUCCGAUGUCUCCACCAGUACGCUGCCCAGCGUAUCAUCAGUCUAUUUGCUUUGCUUUCCAAGAAGCACAACAAGGUGCUGGAACAGGCAACGCAGAGCCUGAGAGGCAGACAGAGCGACAGCACAGUCCUGCCCGACUAUGCUCAGGACUUGAAUGUGAUUGAGGAAGUGAUCCGCAUGAUGUUGGAGAUUAUCAACUCUUGCCUGUGCAACUCUUUGCACCACAAUCCUAACCUGGUGUACGCGCUACUCUACAAGCGGGAGCUCUUUGAGCAGUUCAGGACGCACCCGUCCUUCCAGGACAUCAUGCAAAACCUGGACACGGUGAUCGCCUUCUUCAGCCAGCGUCUGGAGCAGGCCGGAAGCGAUCUGUCCGUGGAGAGAGUCCAGGAGGUGAUCAUGAAAGGAGCCCAGGCCCUGCCUACAGACAGGCUGAAGAAGUUUCCAGAGCUGAAAUUCAAAUAUGUGGAGGAAGAUCAGCCUGAGGACUUCUUCAUCCCGUACGUGUGGUCGCUGGUCUUCAAUUCGGGAGUGGGUCUCCACUGGACGCCGCAAGGCAUCGAGCUCUUCAGCAUGGACUCCGGCUGAGGCCGGGGGGCCGGGGGGGGUGUUUUGUCCCAGUACAGACUGACACUUUGUACUAGCGCGCGAGUGUGUUAGUGUGUGUCGCUUUUUAUAGGACGCCGCUUUGGAAGUGCCUCAACCUUGUGCUACAGCGGUGUCGCGGCGCAACCUCAUUAUGUCGUAAACCAAAACAAUCCUUCUGGCUUCACCGCUGGGAAUCAACCCGGGGGAGGAAUGGGGCGGGGGGGGGGGGGGUGCAUGACCUGUUUCCACAGCGCACAUCAUGCUAAAGCUUCCCAUUGGUGGGCUGCAUUACGGAGACCAGCGACCGAUGAUAAUCCUGGUUGUUGUUUCUCAUUUAAAAAAACAAAAACAAAAAAAAAAGGUCAAUUAAAACACAUGCAAAGAGGACUUGAUGCGUAGAAUAACUUAUUUACAGAUGCACUGGAUUUGCAACAAUAUAUGCAUUUCGUGAAUAUGGAGAGUAAAAUUCUCACUUUUAUAAUGAAUUAGCUUUUUUUUUGUGUGCGCGUUUGGCUGUUGUAGGAGCUUUAGGUCCACACUGAACAAAAAAAAAAUAAUAGAAAUGCAAGAAAGAUUUCAAAAUCAGCUGUUCCCCACUCUGCACGAGGUAUAAGCCAUUUUACUGUUUGUUGGGGGGGGGGGUCGCUUUUUUUUACUGUUCAGUGUGCCCCUCAUUCUCCUUAGCACCGUUUCAAAGUAUUUGGUCUGUUAAAAUGAAGAAUUUAACAACCCACCCAAAGUCAAGUUUUUCAGUUGCAGUAUAGCAGGGCAAGUGUUUCGACCUCUUAUCUUAUUGUUUGUCUCUUUAUAUGCAUGUUUGGCGUUUGCAUUUGAUUAUUUAUUGUCUUUUUGUUUACUUUUUAAUAAGUGGGCCCCUCGCCAUGUAUGAACAACAAAAUACUUAUUACUCAAUAUACAUACUUGAUAAAAGCAUAUCAACGGGUGAAUUUUACUUUUCCAGAUGGGGCUUUGAAUAAAGACAUCAGUAUCAAAGCA